GAGUACUUGUUGCUGGUUCCACCUAUUGUAUUCGUUUGUGACGUGGCUGUACUAACCGGGGCAAGGAAUGCCCAACGGGACGAAUGUAGAUUGGUCCAGAUAUGGGCUCGGUAGCGAUGAUUCAUCACCAACCGAGCGGAACCGCACACACGGACGGACCGGUGGAGGUGGCAGUGGUGGAUUUGUGGAUUUGGGCAACGAGUACGACUAUGGUGCCGGAGGACAUCAUGCAUCGGGACGGGAUGAAAUCUUUGCCGAAGAUCAGGGCGAUAAGCCGUGGUGGAGAAGCAACUUUUUCAUCUCGCAACCGGUCCUUUUUGGUACGUGGGACGGUGUGUUUACCUCCUGCCUGAUCAACAUCUUCGGUGUGAUUGUGUUCCUGCGUUCCGGUUGGAUCGUAGCCGAGGCCGGUAUUAUGAACGCCAUACUGAUCGUGUUCUGUGCGGUGGGCAUUGCGCUCGUGUCCGUCCUGUCGGCCGUCGGUAUCUGUGAGCGGUGCCGGGUGGAAAGUGGUGGCGUUUACUUCCUCAUUGCCCACACGCUCGGUUCCCGGUUUGGUGGAUCGCUCGGGCUACUGUACUGUUUCGGGCAGGCGGUCGGUUGUGCCCUGAACGUGCUCGGUUUCGGUGAAUCGAUUGCUGGGCUGGUUGGGCUGGAAGGAAACCAGUGGGCGAUCCGUGGCUUUGCCAUCGCAGCCGUCCUACUGCUCGGUGUGAUCAAUGUGGCCGGUGUGAAGUGGGUGGUAAAACUACAGUUUGCACUGCUGAUCGUGAUUCUUAUGUCCGCGCUUGACUUCAUGGUUGGCAGCUUUAUAGGUGAAGCACCCGAGCAUGGCUUCGAUGGCUGGGGAUCGGGCAAUAUGGGAUUGAAUUUGUGGUCCGCUUACACGGACGGUACAUCGUGGUUUACCGUGUUCGGUGUGUUCUUCCCAACGAUUACGGGCAUCCUAUCUGGAAUUAACAUGAGCGGUGAUUUGCGUGCACCAUCGACGGACAUUCCGAACGGUACGCUGGCGGCACUCAGUACGUCGACAUUCCUGUACAUGGUGUUUAUACUGUUCCUUGGUGCAACGUGCCAACGAAGCCACCUGCUGACGGAUUAUCAGAUCGCGGUGAAAGUGUCUGCGGUCGAGUUCCUGCUCCUGGCCGGUAUCUAUGUGUCCAGCAUGUCCUCCUGUCUGGGAGCGAUGUACGGUACACCGCGCGUACUGCAAAGCAUUGCCAAUGAAAACGUUAUUCCCGGCAUUGGUAAGCUUGGAAAGGGCCGCGGCCCCAACAAGGUACCACUGUACGCGAUGGCAGUGGUGGCCGGUGUUACGACUACGUUCAUCAUUAUCGGUGAUAUUAAUACGCUCGCCCCAAUCGUUACGAUGCCAUUCCUGCUGACUUAUGCCUGCAUCGACUACUCGUACUUUGCACUGGCGCAAACGUUCGACAUACAAAAUAAUCGCGAGGAACGGUUCAGGAUACAGGCGCAAAGUCCGCUGUACGAAACCAGGAACUAUGGUGCGACUGGAGAUUAUAAUGAAAAUAACGAUCUGGAUCAACUGUUCCCAGAACGGACGAGACACAAAAAUCUUGGAACUCCAACCAACUCACCACAACACGUGCCUUCAAAUGCCGCUACGAGCGCGCGAUCACAGCAACCAAAUGGUAUACCUCACAGCUCAUCCGUCACCAGUGCUGAUUCGGAAGUAGUUUUUCGGGAUGGUACAAACAGUGCAAACAAUGCCAAUUCCUUGAGCGAAGCGGACGAUGAACCGAUCGCCCCGAUACGACCACCGAUUCAUUCCAAGACGAAAAAUUGGUACUCCGGUUUCUGUAAUCGAUGGGCCUCUCUGUUAGGUGCUGGUGUGAAGAUACUCGUAAUGAUGUUAGUAAGCUGGCUGUAUGCACUGAUCUGCAUUGGAACUGUGUUUAUCGUGUGGUUCUACGUCGGCACAGCAAACCCAGCUGUAAAACCGGGCCUAGCUCAUGAAUUUCGCUUCUUUGUGUGGUUGAAAAAUGUCGUUUUCCGUUGUUUUGGAAAACGUGUGCACGAUUAUGAACAGGUCGUAGUUACCCAAACGUGCCCCAACGUGAACCUCGCAUCUGCUCAGCUGAAUGAAGAAAAUGAAGACUUUGCCUCUCGGCGACGAUAUCACCAGACUGCGGUCGUUCAGGGCCGGUAUGUGGAUGAAGUGUGA